GGGAUAGCUAGGAACUCAAUUAUGCAUUUUCUGAGAUUCUUAUUUUGGAAAUUCAGAUGGAUCCCGGACUGAAGAGGGAUAUAAUGUCAGAUAGACAAGAAAACAGAAGCAGUGGUGCAAAAGUUACAGUGAUUCAAACCUCAGAACACCCACUCUGUGGUAGAAGUGUUUUUCAAAAAAUUGAUAAGCCACAAAACCUAAAAAUACAUGAUAAAAAAUAUUUUUUACAUUAGAGUUAAGCUAUAAAACGUUAAAGAUUCUAUGUGUAUAAUUCUAUAGUUAGAGCUUUAGCUCUAGCCUUGGAUAUAGAUCAGUAUUUUUUAAAUCCCAGGCUAUGACUCAUCAUGAAAUCAUCCAAACAGCAUUUUUACUAAUGAAAGACAGUAGACUAACAUAGAAAAUACCAAGUACUUUGCACACACACAUACACACACACACCACACUCACAGGGUGCCAAAAAAUGUUUACACAUUUUAAGAAAGGAAAACUGUAUUAAAAGUAUAAUACUCAAUAUAAGCUGAUAACAAAAGGUACAUACAAGUCCCGUUUGACUUUGCAAUUACAAGAGAUGCUCAAAGCGGUUACCAUCAGCGUCCACACACUUCUGAUGACCGCGAACUACUGCUUGAGCAACGCUGACCAAAGUAUCCACCUGUAUAUAUUUCUUUGGCACCCUCCGUAUAUACGAGUAUAAGACAACAGGACACAUUCCCACGUGUGGAUGUGUGUACACUGUGGUAGGGAAGACGCACAACAAACCGCUGAUGCAUCAUAAACCGAGGAAAGUGUCCACUGCUAUGAAGUCAAUUUAAGUCUUAACGUAUUUUGAACUAUGGUGAUAGUUGGUUUGGAAAUUAAGGUGAGAUUUACUGAAUAUUGUAAUAGAAGACUAGCAUUUAGUUUAUACCAGUGGGGGGAAAAUACUCCUUCUGUUUCACUUGGAAUGCAUAGUUUUCACUUAGUAAGUGACUAACAGGACAGAAAUGUCAUGUAAAGAUACUUUCUAAGGAAACAAGCAAUGACACACAGAUUCACCAUGUUGAAACACUUCCCUCACACCUUCAGAAUUGGUGAGCUCCGAUGUCUCCCUCCCAGGAAAUGGGGGGAAAUCAGACCUCUGUCACAGAGUUCCUCCUACUGGGGUUCCCGCUCAGCCGAAGGACUCAGCUGCUUCUCUUUGGGCUCUUCUCCCUGUCCUACGCCUUCAGCCUGUUGGGCAACGGGGUCAUCCUGGGGCUCAUCUCACUGGACUCCCGACUGCACACCCCCAUGUACUUCUUCCUCUCACACUUGGCCAUUGUCGACAUAACCUAUGCCUGCACCACGGUGCCCCAGAUGCUGGUGAAUCUCCUGAAUCCUGCCAAGCCCAUCUCCUUUGCUGGCUGCAUGACACAGACCUUUCUCUUUUUGACUUUUGCUCUGACAGAAUGUCUUCUCCUGGUGGUGAUGUCCUAUGAUCGGUAUGUGGCCAUAUGCCACCCCCUCCAAUAUUCUGUCAUCAUGAGCUGGAGAGUCUGCAUCACCCUGGCGGUGACUUCCUGGGUGUGUGGUUCCCUCCUGGCCUUGGUCCAUCUAGCGUUACUCCUACCAUUGCCCUUCUGUGGACCCCAGAAAAUUAAUCACUUUUUCUGUGAAAUUAUAGCUGUUCUCAAGCUUGCCUGUGCUGAUACCCACGUUAAUGAGAUGAUGGUUUUGGCUGGGGCAGUGUCGGUGCUGGUGGGACCAUUCUCCUCAAUUGUGAUAUCUUACAUUCAUAUUCUACGUGCCAUCCUAAAGAUGCAGUCAGGGGAGGGGCUCCAGAAAGCCUUCUCCACCUGCUCCUCCCACCUCUGUGUGGUUGGACUCUUUUAUAGCACAGCCAUUAUCAUAUAUGUCGGGCCCCAACAUGGGGGCCCUAAGGAGCAGAAGAAAUAUCUCCUCCUGUUUCACAGCCUUUGCAACCCCUUGCUCAAUCCCCUGAUCUAUAGUCUGAGGAGCAAAGAAGUCAAAGCUGCUGUGAAGAGGAUGCUUAAAAAGCAGAGAACUUCCUGAAAGCCUCAUAGAAUGGUAAAGUAGCAGAGUUCUAAGGGACCUGUGAAGUCAUCUCAUCCAGUAUCUCACAGGAUAUGCUAAUGCAUCCUUCUCAUCUUCUUGAAAUUUUCCUAUGACCACGUUCUUCCCUCAGUCAGUCCUGCACAAAAAAUUGAAAAUGUCUUUCAGCUAUCUGCACAAUGUACACACUUUUAAUAUGGUUAUAUGAAAUAUUCUGAAUAAGAAGAAGUAUGUUUGUGUAUUUUUUAUUCCACAAUCAGGACUCGUAGACAAAAUUUUGUAGACUAAAACAAGGUAUUGGCAGAAUAUUUAAGAUACAGGAGUUGAGAGAGGUGGAUAACAUAGUAGUUAUUUAAAUAUUUUAGACUAAGCAACUGUAAUCUCCUUCAAAAA